UUGUUGGAGAACGUUGGUUGGAGGUUCCUGAAAAGCCCCCCCCUCAAGCAAACGCUUGCCGAACCUGCAUUGCAUGGCGCUGGCGUGUCUGCUACAGCCAUUGGUUUUGUUAUAUUAUCUCGAAGCUCCCUUCACUUUGCGCGCGGUAGUACCUUGUUCGGACGUGAAUAGCCAUUGCGCUGCUCAUCUAUCAGCAUCAUCACCUUGGUUGGUACUAGCAAUCUGGUAUUCGCGUUAUUCGCAACAAUCCCCCCAACCUCUUUCGGUUCGCUGUGGGCUCUUUGUUAUUAGAAGCGGCAUAGGUACGCAAAAGAAGACGAGUAGCACAACUGGUCACCACACUUCCAUAUCUCAAUUCAAAGCGACUACUGUUCGAAAGCGGAGGAACGUCCCCGAUCUUCAGCCAACAGCCAACAGCGACAUUCGCGCUUACUUGCAUACUCGACAGCGAAUUGAGCCUGCCUCAAGUGUCACUACAUACUCACUUGGGCCCACAAACGAAGCUUCUCUGAACAGUCGAUUCAUCAAACUGGAACCAACAGCUUUGAGCCACUCGCAAUCGCAUUAAGUUGAUUCAUUCUCGCUGCUUGAUUUCCAUCGAGCUCAAUCGCGAACAGACCGAUCGUACAGCAACCACGAACUGCAAGCAGGCAUCUUUCGUCAUUGUCUCCAUACUGCAACCGCACGACUGUUCGUUACUGCCGCCUCAUUC